AUGGCACUCUCAACUUUCGCCCGAGACGUUUUCGGCAUCCUGGCCAGGCGGAGUCUCCCUGGCCCCUUGCACCUUGGCGGCGGGACGUGCUGCCGUGCCGCCGCGGCUGCACUCCAGCGAUGCGGAAUCGAAAAUUUCAGUGCUGCAGCACCUCAAGCGAUGCAAGUCGCGGAGAUACCAGUCGCCCGGGGCACUUCGCCCGUGCCUGCCCCGACCACAGACGCUCCUGUGCAUAAAGGUCAGCAUGAUUUCUCCGCACUGCCGCCAGACAUCCACCCGUUCACUGUCCGGGGCGACAGCAAGGCGCCUAAGGUGGCAGGCUCCAUGGCUUUCUACUUGAGACAAGACAAGAAGCUCUUGGUGCUGGCCACGGGCACCAGCGCAGUGUACACGGCUGUGAAAGCUCUGUGCUUAGCGCGUCAGUAUGUGCUGGAGGACCCAAAGUGCGAGCUCUUCUUUCGUGUCACGCACCGGAAGCAUGUGGACUGUGAUCGGGUGUCUCAGCUAACCUUCGCUGUGGAGAAGAGGAUGCCACUGUAUCCGUUGGACGAGAUCCCUCACGAGGUGAUCCGCGCAACUCCUUCCACCAAAGGCAGGUCCCUGGGCGCCCAGAUUGCGUCCAUAGCCCAGAACAACAAGCUCCCCGUCGUCAGGGCCAUCGGGCCAAGGGCAGUGGGGACGGCUGUCGUGGCCGCCACCUGGGGUCGCAGGUUCAUGAAAAGAGACGGCCUGGACGUUAUCUGUUUCCCAGCAUUCAAGAAGAUAACCGUUGGGCAGGAAGGGGAGUUGACGUCACUAGAGUUUCUGUACAGACCCGUGGAGUACGUGCCUGUGGAGCACUUCGACGUCGGGGUGGGCAUUGAUGGAGAUUGUGAGAAUGGCAGCACUGGCACUGACGUCCCUGGCAGGCUCACUGUGAGCCUGGGCCCUGAGGCUCCACCCCCUGAAGAGUCUGACGAUGAGGCAACAGCUUCACCAGAGCCAAGCCUGGACUCAGCACGUUCGGAAGAGCUGAGGACGGAGGGAUCCACGUCAGGAGAGUCGAGCUCAGAGGCAGGAUCUUUAAAAUAG